CCCAUCUCCAAUUUUCCGCACUUCACAUUUUCUCUCUCAUCCUUCUUUCUCUGUCUAAAUUUGUUCGCUGUAGUAAACUGUUCGUAAUCUCAAUCAAUCGACGAAGUAUUCAUCAAUGGCGGAAAAACACUUUAAAUACGUCAUUCUUGGUGGUGGUGUUGCAGCUGGGUAUGCUGCUAGAGAAUUUACUAAACACGGCCUUCAACCAGGAGAGCUAGCUCUCAUUUCUAAAGAAGCGGUUGCUCCUUACGAGCGUCCAGCACUCAGCAAGGCCUACCUCUUUCCAGAGGGUACUGCUAGACUUCCGGGGUUCCAUGUUUGUGUUGGAAGUGGAGGCGAGCGCCUUGUUCCUGAUUGGUAUAAAGAAAAAGGAAUUGAAUUGGUCUUGAGCACAGAAAUUGUCAAAGCUGAUAUACAUUCCAAGUCUCUCACGAGUGCAACUGGACAAGUCUACAAAUUUGACACUUUGAUCAUUGCAACUGGUUCUACAGUCAUUAAAUUGACGGAUUUUGGCGUACAAGGAGCUGACGCAAAGAACAUCUUCUACCUCAGAGAAAUUGAUGAUGCUGACAAGCUUGUGGAAGCAAUUCAAGCUAAGAAGAACGGAAAAACUGUCGUGGUUGGUGGAGGUUACAUUGGUCUGGAGCUUAGUGCAGCACUGAGAGUUAACAAUUUGGACGUCAGCAUGGUUUACCCAGAACCCUGGUGCAUGCCUCGUCUUUUUACUGCUGACAUAGCCAAGUUUUAUGAGGGUUAUUACACCAAUAAGGGAGUCAAAAUCAUAAAAGGAACAGUAGCAAGUGGAUUUGGCUCCAAUGAUAACGGAGAGGUGACGGAGGUACAACUUAAGGAUGGUAGGGUGCUUGAAGCUGAUAUUGUGAUUGUUGGUGUUGGUGGAAGGCCUCUUACAACACUUUUCAAGGGACAGGUUCAAGAAGAGAAAGGAGGAAUCAAGACCGAUGCCUUCUUUAAAACAAGUGUCCCAGAUGUGUAUGCUGUUGGUGAUGUUGCCACCUUUCCAAUGAAAAUUUAUGGUGAUAUUAGAAGAGUUGAACACGUUGAUCAUGCCCGUAAAUCUGCUGAGCAGGCUGUGAAGGCCAUCAAAGCUAGCGAGGAAGGGAAGUCAAUUGAGGAAUAUGAUUACUUACCAUACUUCUAUUCUCGUUCGUUUGAUCUAUCCUGGCAAUUUUAUGGGGAUAAUGUGGGAGAGACUGUUAUCUUUGGCGAUAAUGACCCUGCAUCAUCGCCGCACAAGUUUGGUACAUACUGGAUAAAAGAUGGGAAGGUCGUUGGAGCAUUCCUUGAAAGUGGAACCCCGGAGGAAAACCAGGCCAUUGCUAAGGUUGCAAGAGCACAGCCUGCAGCUAGCUUAGAACAGUUGUCAAGCGAAGGGCUUGGUUUCGCCUCUAAGAUCUGAACAUGCUGAAAAUGUUUAAAGCUCGAAUGCUCAGUUAUGGUGGUUGUAUUCAUAUUCUGAUAAUCUCCAUUGUUAGGAAAUUUACAUCAUUCUGUGUGAUUUACUUCUGGAGACAUGCUGCUUAAUAAGUUCUUCACAUCUUCGAGUUGUUCGUGCAUAUUGUGCUUUGUAGUGUGUGGAUGACAUUGAGAAUUAAUACAGUGGUUAGAGAUGAUGAUCCUUUUUUUAAACUUUGUAAUUUGAGUAUAUCUCAUCACCAUUUGCUUACAAUCUGUAAUUUCAAUUUCAUCUGUAGUAAGGUUUUAAUGGCA